GGGCGGGGCGGCGCGCGGCCUAACGGCGGCGGUGGCGGUGGCGGCGGCAGAGACUGUGGGGUCGGCGAGCUUGGCGGCUACAGGUCCCGCAGCGGCGCCUGCGGGGGACCCGGGCCGCGAGUGGAGGCGGAGGUGCGCGGCAGCGGCGCUGGGCGAUGGUGGGCGUCCCUGGAGCGGCCGCCUUCCAGCUUGGUGCUGACAAAAGGGUGCCAGCGAUGCCUGGAUCUCCUGUGGAAGUGAAGAUACAGUCAAGAUCCUCCCCUCCCACCAUGCCGCCCCUUCCACCAAUAAAUCCCGGAGGACCCAGGCCCGUGUCGUUCACUCCUACAGCACUGAGCAAUGGCAUCAACCAUUCUCCUCCUACCCUUAACGGCGCCCCAUCACCACCACAAAGAUUCAGCAACGGUCCUGCCUCUUCCACAUCAUCUGCACUAACUAACCAACAGUUGCCAGCCACUUGUGGUGCUCGGCAGCUCAGCAAGUUGAAACGCUUCCUCACCACUCUGCAGCAGUUUGGCAAUGACAUCUCACCUGAGAUUGGGGAGAAGGUGCGGACUCUUGUUCUAGCACUGGUGAACUCAACAGUAACAAUUGAAGAAUUCCAUUGCAAGCUCCAGGAGGCUACAAACUUCCCUCUUCGUCCUUUUGUUAUUCCAUUCCUCAAGGCCAACCUGCCUCUGCUGCAGCGAGAACUGCUGCACUGCGCUCGGGCCGCCAAGCAGACCCCAUCCCAGUACCUGGCUCAGCACGAACACCUUCUGCUCAACACAAGUAUUGCGUCCCCUGCUGACUCUUCUGAGCUGCUCAUGGAAGUGCAUGGAAAUGGGAAAAGGCCCAGUCCAGAGAGGCGGGAAGAGAGCAGUUUUGAAAGAGACGCAAUUGCUCCUGAGCCUCCUGCCAAGAGAGUGUGUACCAUUAGCCCUGCUCCCCGGCACAGUCCUGCCCUCACUGUGCCCCUCAUGAAUCCUGGGGGCCAGUUCCAUCCUACUCCUCCGCCUCUUCAGCACUACACCUUAGAAGAUAUCGCAACUUCCCACCUAUAUCGUGAGCCCAGCAAGAUGAUAGAACAUCGAGAAGUUCGUGAUAGACACCACAAUCUUAGUCUAAAUGGAGGCUAUCAAGAUGAGUUGGUAGACCACCGUUUGACAGAAAGGGAAUGGGCUGAUGAAUGGAAACAUCUUGAUCAUGCCCUCAACUGCAUUAUGGAAAUGGUAGAGAAAACAAGGCGCUCCAUGGCAGUCCUGCGGCGCUGUCAAGAAUCUGACCGUGAAGAACUCAACUACUGGAAAAGACGAUUCAACGAAAACACAGAGAUGAGGAAAACAGGGAGUGAGUUGGUCUCCAGGCAGCACAGUCCUGGGAGUGCAGAUUCUCUCAGCAAUGAUUCUCAGCGGGAAUUCAACAGUAGGCCGGGAACAGGAUAUGUACCUGUGGAGUUUUGGAAAAAGACUGAAGAAGCUGUGAAUAAGGUGAAAAUUCAGGCCAUGUCAGAAGUACAGAAAGCUGUUGCUGAGGCAGAGCAAAAAGCCUUUGAAGUGAUUGCAACCGAGAGAGCUCGAAUGGAGCAGACAAUAGCGGACGUCAAGCGGCAGGCUGCAGAGGACGCCUUCCUCGUCAUAAAUGAGCAGGAAGAGUCAACAGAGAUUUCAGGUGUUGUCAGUGAGCACAGUCAAGAUCAUUUCUGCAUUGCAAAGGCCCAGGGCAGGCGGUCUUCCUGUAACACAGAAGAAGUAAACAGACAGCAGCGGCAGGGCAGGCAGUACAGGCGCAGAACUGCUGGAACUGUGGCCGCAAAGCCAGUGAAACCUGCAGUGGCUGCAACAUCGCACGAUACUGCGGUUCUUUCUGCCAGCAUAAGGAUUGGGAGCGGCACCACCGCCUCUGUGGCCAGAACCUGCACGGCCAGAGUCCCCACAGCCAAAGCCGGCCCCUGCUUCCUGGAGGGAGGGGCUCCUCAGCCCGGUCCGCCGACUGCAGCGUCCCCAGUCCAGCCCUGGACAAGACCUCGGCAACCACCUCACGCUCCUCCACACCAGCCUCUGUGACAGCCAUCGACACCAACGGACUCUGAGCCCCAGACUCACUUCCCCCAGCAACCUCAGAGCACGACAGAAUUCCACAUGGAAGGCUGGCUAUGUGAAGCAGUGCCAGUCGCUGUUGGGUCAUCAUCCAGAAGAGAAGUGGAGGCAGGCAGACUUGAAGCCCCAGCCUGUCCACACACUUGUCCAUUUCCCACCUGUGUGUGCAUGGCCGCUGGCUGGACCUGACUCCUCCAUAGCUUCCAAGCUUGUUCUUCUCCCAGCUAAAGCUGGCACGGCCAGCCACUUUUCCAUGUAGACCGCCAGCUCCUCCCUGCCUUGUGAGCAAGCCGACUGUCAGGUGUGCCCAGUCAGGCUGGAAGCAGCUCACCCCUUCACCGUCUGCUGCUCCAACGUCCUCCCGCAACCGAGGCCUAGAGACUGAUAGCAAGCUGGGAAGGAGGGCUGUCUCCCACAGGAAGUGGCUCCUCUUGCCCCUGAACAGUUCCCUGAGCCCAUUUCCACCCUCGGCAGGUGCCACUGAUUAGUCCCUGGGGACUUGGGCAGGCAGAAAGCAGCACUCAGGACACCCUCGUCGGCCCUGCCGUUCAGACGUAAGAUUUUCAGAAACCACAGGAAGAAGUCACCAUUUCAGUAAAAGCACCCAUAAUAAAAAAUAAAACUUCCACCAAGCAUCACAGAUCAUGUUGGACAAGAUUGUCCAGCCUGGCUGGCUAUUUUAGUUUGGGACCCAUUUUUUUUCUCUCUUUUUUUAUUUUGCUUAUGCAGAAAAUAGUUUUCAGCGCAUGGAUUGGUCUGAGGGAGAAUGAGACUCGAUUAUGGAUCGUCUGUUCUCUCUGAGCAUGUUGGCCAAACCAGUGCCAUCGCAUUACUGAAUGGAUCAUCUGUUGGAAAUGCAGAAACUUUUGUCACCACUUGGCUCUUUGCACAGUCGUCUUGUUCCGUGUCCUUUUAUUCUCAGACCACGCAUGUCCAGAUCACUGGGUGGAUCUUCUUCCCAUGGUCUCUGUCUGGCACCUCUGAAGCCAUAGUUGACCCAUAGGAUGUGAUGUGGUGUGGCUAUGACUUGCCUCACCAGUCAAGGCCUGGUCACUUCUGAGCGACCCUUUUGGACCUGAAAGAAUUCUUCAGACUUUGUCAUUAUGUGUCCUAUGUCAAUUUAUUAUUGGGCAUACAAUCCUGUUUCCCUUCUCUAAUUUUGUUCAUACCUACCCUCUUUGAGCUAAGAAAAGUUUCCUGAAAUGUGACAACCAUUUGUGAGAGCCUGACCAAUUUUUCUUCCUGUCUUCAGGGAGUUUUUCCAGCUGCUUACCUGAUUCUCCAAACAUGACAUCACCUGUACUCCCUUUAAAAUGUUAGGAAUUGCCACACACGUUCUUCCUUGCCAUUCAAGUUUUAUUGGGAGCCCAAGGACCCUGACCCUCCCCCUGUCCAACUCCAAGCCUCUAGCACCCACUUGCACCAAGGAGUGAGUUGGUUGGCCCUGCUCCUGCCGACCCUUGAAAGCUCAACUUUAGACGGCCAUUUUCUGCACAUUGACCAGAGUGAAUUGAAGGCUCCCAGUAAGGUAUCAGCAUAGUUAUCGUUAUCCUUACGUAUAGGUAUAUCUUACUUUAAACACUAAGUCCCAGGACCUCCCUAGUGGUCUAGUGGCUAUGCUUCUGUGCUCCCAAUGCAGAGAGCCAGGGUUCAAUCCCUGGUCAGGGAACUAGAUCCCACAAGCUACAACUAAGACCCAGAGCAGCCAAGUAAAUAAAUAAAUAAAAACAGUAAGUCCCUAAUUUACCUUACUCAAGGAUUUUCUGUCUUAAACUCAGUAUGAGGCACCAUUAAAAUACCCAGACUUCUGCUGUGUAAAGUAAGGUAUACCCAGAGAAAGCAUAACAGAAUAGUUGCUUUAUUGUUCAGCUUUCCUUUAGUUACAGCAGUCGAGAUAUCCUGCCUAACAGAUGAAAUCAGAACCUCAGACAGGAGUUGCCUGCAUUUCCCUGAGAAGAGAUGUCCCAUGAGAGGCGGUCACUGAGCCUAUAAAUCUGGUGGCAGCAAGAGGGUGUCUCACGGUGUCCACUGGGUCUGACCUCAGCUCCCUUUUUUGUCAGCAAGUUAGAUGAACACCUAGGUGUGUCCUGUAAGUCUUCAGUGGCUGAGCCAGGGUAGCUCAGGUUUUUUCGGGUUGGAAUAAAGAGCCAAAGCCAACCGAAUACUGUUUGUCAGACUCGAUGUCAGUCUCUACAGCUAAGGUUUAGGUUUAGUGUGCAGGUAGGUCCUAGCUGACUUUUGUGGACUGUGGAUCCAAUGACAGCUUAAUUUUCAGAAUUUCUGUAAUGCUGUUCUAAACUGCUUUGCUCACGUGCCACCCAGAGACCAAGCUAAAGAUUUCCGCAGUGUUCCACAUUGCGGUUCAGAUCUCAGGCCUGGUGCUGUAUUCAUUUUGGUCAGUUUCACACGUCGGUUGCUAGGGCAUCUGUCCAGAACUUCCUAUUUAUAUGUAAAGAAUCCCUUUCUCCAGCUCCCUCUCUUCUGAAAGUCUCAGCUCUGGUUGGAGUUGGGAGAAGGGAUACUGUCUUGGAAUGGGGUGAGGGGACUGGAGGGCCAGGGCUGAGUCCAGGUUCCCCACUUGGUUUUCCGUGUCUGCUGAUAACCACAUUGAUGGUGCAAAUUCAGGCUCCCCCUUUCACCUAGUUAGACUUAAAGUAUCUUAAUGUAAUCAGACUGCUUAGAGGACCAACCUUUAUAGUUUAAGGGGACAAAGACAAGACAUAGUGGUGGUCCUGAAGGUCUUGCCCGAGUGGUCCUGGGCUCUUCGUGUUAUCCUAGGGAUCAAAGGCAAGUGUGACAAGCAGUGGCACAUCAUUCUCCUCUGCCCAGUGAGGAAUGGCUGCAGGAGCCAGAGAAGACCGGAAGUAGCCGGCAUGGGAGCUGUUUUAAAUGUUCUGAGGGAAGCUUUAGGGCCGGAUCCUCAGAGCUUCAAUCAUCCUCUGGGCCCCCACUGCCUGCUCCACCCAGUGGUGAAAACAGACUCAGGUUCAUUCCACCUGCUCGGAAGUGAGCAGCCCUCCUCCUGAAUGUGAGAGCUUCACCUGGGGGCGUCCUUGCAGCACUCAGGAUGGGGCUCAGUCACGACACCCUGAGGUCACAGAGCAAAGGCACCUUCUCUUGGACAGUGCUGAGUCCUGUGUGUGUCUCAGUGGAAACAAGACCCAUCACCCUGGCAAAGGUCCAUGCCUGGCGCUGGCUGCUGCGGGCCCUCUGCCGUGUAGAUGACUUUUGCACAUCUGGACCAGUGGCUCCACCUGGAGCUCCUCACUUCUUGGUGUCAACAUGAGCAUCUUCAGCUUCUAGACAGAAAAUCUACACUUCACUUUGUACAGCCUUGUCCCAAAGUCAGAUGGAUCCCCAGUGCUGUCUGUCACCUGCUUGCAAAGGGCAGACCUUGUGGGCAGUUCCAGAAGAGAUCUCAGCAAGUGGGCUUGAAGUUCCAACAACACAAUUAAAAUUGUGUGGUCAUGAGUUCUUCAGGAUGAAAGCAUGAAUAAUGACCACAUGGCUGUUUGUCCUGGAAACUGUAGAUGAGAUUAUGGAUUGAGUAAAUCAUUUAAAAUAGAACUCAUCUUCGAGGCUUUCUUCAGAACUGAUUUCCAGGCUCCCGGGACAAUAGACCAAGCCAGAUUUCUUAGAUUUUUUUUUUUUUUUUCCUUGAACAAUUUACAGAGAACUGGGUGGUAGCAGUAAGAAAAACCAAAUGUAAGAAAAACCAGAGAGAAAUGGACUGUUCCAGCAUGGGCCAAGCAGCCAGCUGUUGGGACUCCGUCCUGGGGUGGGGUGGGGGGUUACUGGGCGAGCUGUUGAAUAGGGCCCUUUCCAACUGCGUGUCUGUAGUUCUUGUGAAACCAAAAUGUUGACUCGCUGCCUCUUUGCCCACGUGCAUUGACAUGCUCAAUUCCAAAGAUGAUGGUGCAGGCAACCUUUUCCAUCAUGAGCCAGGAGAAGGUUGAGGCCUGAGGGCGGCCUUGGCCUCCCCCCUUUGCCUCCAUAGCCCCAGAGAUGGCGCUUCCCCUGCUACCCCAUCUGGUCAGACCCACAGCUGCCCAGUGUACACUCAUUGAUGCUUAUACCAAAUAGGGCAUGUGCGGCUGGCGGCUGGCAGGGACAGCCCCGGGCCUGCGUUGGAGUUGGCAGAGAGAAGCGGCAAUAAGCAUUAGGCGGAUGGCUGAAAGUGCUGUUUGGCUCAGAGGCCUUCAGUCCACUUUCACAGCUUUCCAAGUUCCUGAUGAGGCUACAAAAGCUCCAUCCACAGAGAAAGCCAAUAAUGUAAAUAAAUCCAAAACUGAGCUUCCAAGCAUGGUUUUUUUAAGGGGGAUGAUGAAUGUGAAACCACCCACAGGAUGCAGUAGAGUUGAUUUUUUUUCUGUGCUUUGUCAUUUUACUCUGAUAGGAACUUUUGUUACUUAACUCUGUGCAUAACUUAUUUAAUGUACUGUAUAAAUGAACCAAAACUGUUAAAUAUGUAUUUAGUUUGUUCUACUUCAAGUAGUCAAUAAAAAGGCUAUAUUCCUU